AUGCUUGAACGCGUCAACAGAGAUGACAGCGAGGCAGCGCAGGAAAAUGCUCACGGGGUGAAACUGCUGAGCAGUGGUCACUACGACGAGGCAAUUCGACGAUUCAAGCAAGCUUUGGCCUACGAGCCCGCAAGUGUGCAGAUCCUGAAUAACAUCGGGCUUGUGUAUGCCAAGCGCCAGGAUUACAACGGCGCCUAUGAGUGGUACGAGAAAGCUCACAGACAGGAUCCGAAAGAUGUCGAAACUCUGUUCUCCUUGGCAUGGGUGGAGCGAAAGCGGCAGAGAUAUCCACAUGCACGGGAGCUCUUCAUGCAGGUCUUGGAGCUUGAUCCCACGCACCCCAAGGCCUUGUGGCUUCUGGGUGACAUCCUGAAGACUUCUCAGGAUUUUGAAGGUGCUAUCCAGCAGCUCCAGACGCUUGUAAGGACUCAGCCAAACAGCCCUGACGGGCACAUAUCUCUGGCCCAGUGCUAUGAGGCAACCAAGCAGUACGGGAAGGCGGCGCAGAUCUACAAGCACAUCCUAGAAUCCCUGUGUCCAGGACGCCCAGAUGUUCAUUUCGCACUGGGCAAGGACUACUUCCUCCUGAAGCAGUAUCGACAAGCAGUAAUCGAGUUUGACCGGGUUCCCGACAAUGACCACAGAGCUGUCGAGGCGCGGUCAUACGGAGCAAAGGCCUGCCGAGAGCUUGAGGAUCACGAACGAGCUAUCUCGCUUGCGGAGUCCGCUGCGCAUUCUCACCCGCAUCCGGAAGUGAUGCAUUUUCUCGGGGAGGAAUAUGCUCGUGUUGGGGAGCAGCAGAAGGCUGCGCAGUGCUUUUCGCGUGGAUUGGAGCUGGAGCCGAACCACCUGCCUUCCCUGAUGGAGUUGGGCCAGCUAGCGUAUCGGCAGUCCAAUUGGCAUGAAGCGGAGCGUCUGUUCACCCGAAUCUGCGAGGUGGACAGGACAGACUUGGAUGCCAUUCGAUGGCUUGCGCUGGUCAAGUACAAACUGCGAAAAGAUGAAUCGUGCAGGCAGUGCUGUGAAGGCUUGCUGCGAUUCGUCCCUUUGCACAUGGAUGCCUGGUACUUGCUUGCGGAGCUGCAGCUUCAAGCCGGGUCAGCGGAUGAGCGCUGGCUCACGAGUUUGCGAUUGCCAAGCGAUGUGUCAAUGGCAGAGGUUUGCCAAAGCAUCGCUAAAGGUUAUCUGGUGCGCAAGCAGGUUGUCGAGACAAACAAUUGGCUAAAGCAGGCUCAAAGUUUUGCUCCGAGCGCCGGGUUGAAAGAGGCCCAGCUGCUUCUGGCGCAGAAGGGGCCCACGGUCAACCCACAGGAGCGCAGUACCAUGGACUUUGCCUUGACCUCGGUACAUGCUAGACAGGCAUGGGUGGCGUGCCAUUACGAGCGCAGGCUGAAGCGCCGCUGCCCCGUGAGCACGGAUGUCAGAAGCACCUGCGAUUUUUUGCUCGAGAACCUAAGUGUGGUUCCGCUCAGGUGCCUAGGUCAUCUGAUGCUGGGCAUCUUGAGGAUCUUGCUAAGACAGGCGGAAGACCUCGAGAGCAAAGCCGACGAGGUGCGCACGUCGCUUCAAACCAGCAUCUCUUCCGGUUCAGGCUUGCCGACCGUCCCCACAUUGGCUGCUUCAGCCGUGACAUUGCGGAACCUAGAGAAGGUGCAGCCCGUGGACUUUGGGGCUGCUGGGCUCGAUGUGCUCAUGGAGGAGCUGCCGGAGAUGGAGGUCGAGGCGAGUUUGGAAGAAGGCCGGCGGCAUGUGGCUCCUCUGGAUCUCAUCACACUGAGUCCGGAACCUACAUCAUCCGCUAAACGCAAGGAGGUCGAUGUCCGUGAUGAUGAUUUCGGGGCGCCAAGUGCGGAAGAUCUAGCCUCGCUGGCCGCCAUGGGGCAAGCCGCGUUGGCUCAGAUCCAAGCAGAGGCUUGCUCACCGCAACGUGAUCCCAAGACUUCUACAGGGCAGAUAGAGGCUCUCGAGGGAUCUGCCGGUCGAGAAAGCUUACCGCCGGUUGACUUCUUGCUGGGAGCGGCCUCUUCACCAAGUCAGUCUUCACCUGCGAGGGACAUGCUGAUGCAAGCAGAGGGUGAGGAAGACUUGGCGGCUGCUGCGGAAGCUGCAGCGCUCGAAGCUGAAGCCUUUGCGGCAGAAGCUGAACAAGCUGCACAAGACGCAGCAGCUGCCGCUCGCUGUUUGCAGGAAUUGAGCGAGCUGCCUGUCGAUUUUCUCUUGAAGGACGCAGAAGCCGAGGAUGCUCAGGUUGCUCCCAUGCAGCCACUUUUGCUUCCAAGUACCGAGGUCGAUGAAGCAUGCCUGGACUUGCUGCCGAGGGUCGAGGAAGAGGCACUGCAGGAGAUCCAGGAGGCACAAGAGCCAAGACAGAAAAGGAGGCGAAAAAGGGUUUGGCUCGACGAGAAAGCCACAGUCAUCCCAGAGAAGAAGUACAGGGAGCCCAGAAAGAUAACGCACGACAGCCCUUAUGAGUAUGGCCUGCUGCUGCCUCAUAGGAGUCCCACCGUGGGCUUGACCACAUUUUUUGCAGACUUGGGCCCACUGCUCUGUGCGCCGUUACGACGCGCGGCCGACAUCGGAGGAAGGCAGAGGCGUGCCAAGGCCGAGGCUUGCGGCUUGCAGGACUCGACCUUGCCUUCACCGCCCAAGGCGCCUUUGGCCUCGCUAGCGCCCCCAAGCUCAGCCACACUUCUAGAGGAGGCACCACCGCUAGAGCCACCAGAAGGAGAAGUCGCGGUUGGCCAGGCUGUGGUGGUUGAGACAAUCAGCAUGGACAUCGAGUCUGGAACGCCCAAACCCCCCAGUCCGGAUUUGGCAGCAUUGCUGCCGGAAGCUUUGCCAGCGACCCCACCUCCAGUGGCAUCCGAGGCAGGUGCCGUGUCUCCAGCAGAGGCAGAGCAGCUUCCGGUGGAUGUACCUGGCAGCCCCAAGAACCUGCCGGCGAAUGCCAGUCCGGGACCAGAGGCGGCCCGAGAGUCUGGCGAGCCUGCGCUGCAGAUGCCCGAGGAUGUGGAUGCAAACACGGAGGCUCUGCAAGGAGAGGUGCCGGCUACCGAGCCAAUCAACAAUCUCGUCGACGAAGAGGUCCCAAGCUUGCCGCCAGCAAAGCGACAGGCUCAGCAGAACAGUGGUGGGGAUCUCGUUGCCAUCAAGGUGCCGCAGGAGUUCGCCGAGGUCAAAGUAGAGGAGGAUGUCGAGGUGGACUUUGACAAGGUCUCUGCGAAGCAGGGCAGGGAGCUUCGAACAUCACUUCUCGAGGAUUCCACGCUGUCCUUUCUCGACCUGUGCGAUUUGGACCAUUGCAGCGCAGAGGCUGCCGCAUGCCGCUUUGUUGAUCUCCUGUCCCUGCAUAUGACCGGCGCAGUGUCACUGAAGCAGGACAAGCCUUACGAAGACAUCGCGGUAGUGAGAGGAACAUCCUGGGAGGCUUGGUGUGAAGAGAGCAAACGCGGUACCAAGCGUGAGUCAAUCCUUGAGCCGGCUGGCAGACAAAUGUCCAACUUAAGGCCUGUAUCCGUCAAGGACAGGUGGAGACCAUAUUUUGCAGAAGCACGAGUUGUAGUUCGCUGUGCUGGAACCAGGUUUGAGAGCAUGUUUGGUGGAGGCUGUUUUAGUGCACCAGGUGGUUAUGGAGGUGGAGGUGGUGGUGGAUACGGCCGAGUGGAAGCUGCUGGUGAGGCUGGGCCUUGCGGUGGUGUGCAGGCGUCGCAGGGCUUCGGUGGCUUCAUUCCUGGCGACAAUGGCGGCUCAGCGCGCCCUGAGCAGCCGGAUGGAGGCGCAGGAAAGACAGCAGCGCAGACUUUGACCCCCGUCACAAUUCGCAUGCUCCUUGAUGCCGUGAGUUCAAGUGGCCAGCUGGGCCCAGACGGCGCAUUCCGAGUAAACGGUGGCAGAGAGCUCCAGAUGUUGUCGGUCGUAGCCUGUGUGGAGAGCAUCAAGAACCAGCAGAUGAGCAUCUGCUUGACUCUCAAUGAUGGCACUGGCAGAAUUAGCUGCAACAUGUAUUCCGACAGCGAUUCUGCAUCAUCAGGUCCCGAGUUUCAGGAUGGAGACUACAUCCGCGUCUUCGGCCAUCUCAGGCAGUGGGACCAGCAGGAGGGCAUCACGGCGCACCGCAUUGUUAAAGUCGAGUCCGCCAACGAAAUUGCCCAUCACACCAUCGAGGUCGCCCAUGUUCACUUGAGCGUGGUCGGAAAGUUGGUAAAGUCUGGAGUGGCUUCAGGUCAGGCCAACCGCAGCUCGCCCAUGUCUUCGAUGCCAGCAUCGAUGCAGCCGCCGAUGAAUGCUCAACAGGAAUCCUGGGACCGUGCACUCGAAGUCUUCAUGCAGAUGUAUGUCAUUGUAGGCGCUGGCACUGGCACACAGCAAUUCCCUUCGGCACAGACGCCACAGUUCGCAGGAAUGCAGCAAGCGAAUACGACGACCCAGACGGCACAGAUGAUGUCUGGCCAGCCAGGAUAUCAGCAACCGCAGAUGAACGCGCAGAAAGUUCUCGCAGCCAGCGGUAUGCCUGUGAUCGUUUCUGCUCACGUCUGGCUGCACAACUGGUGUGGCGUGGAUCAGCUGCACAACCCAGAACAUCUCCUUUCCAAGGUGGACAGUACCAGCCUUCAGGAAACAUGCCACUGCCGGGAGGAGCACAAGGCAGCCUGUAUGGUGGAGCAGGUGGUAAUAGCCUCUACGGUACGGCAGCCGGUCCUGGUGGAUUCCGCUGAGAGUGAGUACAAGACUGAUGUUGCCAAAGAUAGCAGCUGCCAUCCACAAGGUGGGCCUACUGACACCGAGGAUCUAGAGAGGCAGCUUCGUCGUGCUGAGCGAGCAGCAGGCCUGGCCGGCUCUGCGGAACAGCACUGGAGGGAGGUCUUGAUGAACGCUCGGGCCACUCUUCGGCGAAAACCUGAUGAUGCUAUUGCUUUGCGGUGCGCAGCAAGGGCUCUCUUGUCAAUAGACGGCGAUGCCGCAGAGAUCCGGGAGUAUGCACGACAGGCCGCUGAAUAUGGUGACGAGGCUUCAGGAUUUACUCUUGGCUACGAGCUACACGCAUACUUGGGCAAGCUGGCAGAGGCGGAGCGGUCCUCUUCCCUGGCUGAAAAGCAUUACUCUGCAGCUCUGGCCUGCAAGGCCGGUGACGAGGCAGCCAUGCUGGGUCUCGCCCGCGUGGGGAAAGACGGCAAGGCACAGGCAAGAGCUCUUCGUUCCAAGGGCUCUGGGACUGGGGCUUGGGACGUGGUCGUCUGUUGCGAUGUGGCUGCGGAGGCGCGGCGACUCUACGAAGAGGCAGAGGGGGUUGUGUCGAGGCAUCCGGACAGUGCCGAAGGGCACAGGCGCCUGGCCGAACUUCACCUUGAGGCCGAUGACGCUCUUGAAGCUUAUCGGCUGGCUGCACAGGCAGCCAAGCUCGCACCGAGGGAUGUUUCAGCUCAUUUGUGCCUGGGGUACGCAAGCCUGAAGCUGGGAAGGGCAGAUGAGGCAGCUCGCUCUUUCGAGCAGGCAGCCGUGCUGCAGCCAAAUGCACUCGACAUCCCAGCCAUGGUAGCUCUGGCAUCCCUCUACCGAAAAGCCGGUCGAGAUGAGGAGGCAAUUACUUACUACAAGCGGGUGCUCGAUAUGCGGCCUGGUGAUUACGAGUGCACUUUGAGUUUGGCGAACAUCCACGCCGACAGAGGGGUCAACGGGGCAAGCCAGGCGUUGCACUACUUUCGCACAGCCUUGCAGUGCAGGCCGACCACAGUUGACUGUCGAAGCAUCUAUCUGCAGAUGGCGGCGGUGCAGAUCGCAAUCAACUCUUGGAAGGAUGCACAGCAAACACUGGAAAGCGCGGUCCGUGAACACCCGGAUGAUGCAGAGAUUUUUCGACAACUUCUCUCAAUCUACGAGCAGCUCAAAGACUCGAAGGGGCAGUACUACUGUCACCGCCGGCUUGUGCAGCUUGGCGCUGCAACACCGGCCACGCAGACUUCGUAUGCGGCUCUGCUGCUGUCGGAAGAUCGGGUGCGGGAAGCCCGGGAGCAGCUCAGUCAGGUCAUCCAGCUUGAGCCAAGAAACCUCAUGGCGCUGCUCAAGCUGGCGCAUUGCCAUCGACAGGAAUCUCGAGAAAGCAACUUGGAAGAAGCGCGAAAGCUCUAUGAGCAGGUGCUACACAUCAGCCCGUCCAACUCGGAGGCGCUGGAGGGUGCUGCGUUUUGCGCUCGGAAAGGAAAUCAACUCGAUCAGGCUAUCCAAUUUUACCAGCAGUGUUUGAAGGUGAACCAGACUGCCGAAGGCCCACUCUACUACCUCGGUGACAUCCUUUACCGACAGCACCGUCAUGCAGAGUGUCAGUUCUAUUUGUCCAGGCUGGUGGAGACAAAUUGUGCAACAGACUACAAGACUGGAGCCUUGUACCUGUUGGCAAAGUCAUACGUGUCACUGGACGAAUAUGAGGAGGCAGAGAAGCAAGCUCGGCUUGGUCUCGCACUGAAGCCGAAUCACCCGCAUUUUCUGUUCAUCCUGGCGUUGGUCAAGAAUCGAAUGGCCGAUUUCGACUCCUCGAUCGCCACAUUGAAGAAAGCCUUCCUCCACUUGAGCUCCGCGGAUAGCGACAACCUAAAGAUUGAAAUCCACGACUGGCUGGCCCAGGCUAGGCAUGCUCCGAAAUGGUGGACGCCCGCUGUCUUCCUUGUAGUCAUUUGUUUGAGCCUUACCAGCUUACGCAUACGCCCACGAGCAAACCCAGACGGCCCUAACAAUAAGACAGACGGGCAGGCCGGCAGACUGACAGACAGGUAG